CAGUCACACGGCAGAACCACAAGUCCCAGCCCGCCCGCCCGCUACCUCACAACCCCGGUACACACCGCACGGUACCGGGAACUGCACGGACGAUGAUCCUGGUGACACCGCUUCCAACGUCAUCAACCGCACCACGCCUGGCCGGACCGUCUGAUGGAGGCGCUGACACCGCAGAUCAUCCCGCGCAUAGAAGACCCAGAUACGUUCAGCUACGAUGAAUUCUUCCAUAAAUACCUGAUCGCCAACGCUCCGUGUCUCUUCUCCGCUGAGUUUUCGCGCUCAUGGAGCAGCCGCCAUUCCUGGGUCACCUCCGAGAAUAAACCCAACUGGGGGCACUUGCUGCGGGUGUACGGUGACGCCAUUGUUCCGGUGGCGAACUGUGAUGUGAAGGAAUAUAACGCCAACCCCAAAGAGCUCCUCCCCCUGCGAGAAUACAUCGCGUACUGGAGAGAAUAUACAGAGAACGGGGGGCGCUCCGCCCGGGGGUGCCUCUACCUGAAGGACUGGCACAUGAGGAGGGAAUUCCCGGAUCGGGACGUGUACCGGACCCCGCUGUACUUCUCCUCUGAUUGGCUGAAUGAGUAUUGGGACGCCAUCGCUGUGGAUGAUUACCGCUUCGUCUAUAUGGGCCCCUCCGGCUCCUGGACUCCCUUCCACGCUGACGUCUUCCGCUCCUACAGUUGGUCGGCGAAUAUCUGUGGUCGUAAGAAAUGGCUGCUCUACCCACCGGGCCAGGAGGAACUUCUCCGUGACAGAAGUGGGCACCUCCCGUACGACGCCACAGCGCCUUCCCUCCGCCACCGCUGCCCCCCACCCAUGGAGGUCAUCCAGGAGGCCGGAGAGAUCAUCUUUGUCCCCAGCGGAUGGCACCACCAGGUCUACAAUCUG